AUGAAGAUCGGGAAAGCUCCUGAGCUCCUGAAGAAGGCUGCAGCGAUGUGCAAGAGCAAGACCACCAGGUUUCUCAUCCUUGCCUCGCUCCAGCGUCGUAGGAUGGCUACGGCUGCUGUGGUCUCCCGCAAGAUCGACACGCUCAUUGUGGCCGACUGGGAGAGAGCAGACCGCCACAAGGCUCUUGCGCUGGGCAUGGUCGAGAAGAGACCGGUUAUCGUCCAUGAGAGUGAAUUUGAGGCCAAUUUCUCUCAUCGCUUGGCGAUGUUCGGUCAAGAUAAUGGUCAUGAUUGCUUUCCAGCUGACCGAACACUGCAUCCCCUCUUCAACGAGGACCACGAGAAUUGUCGUUACACUGACGAUGAUGAUGUGGUACUUGAUUCAUGUGAUCAAGAUGAUGACGAUGAGCCAUCGGUCAUGGAUGUGAUCAAGAGAAACCGAGAAGUUGAAGGGUUGGAGUUCAACAUGGAGGAGGAUAUUGAUCAAGCUGCUGAUAUGUUCAUUAGGAGGUUCCGGCAACGGCUGAACGAGGAAUUUUAG